AUGGCCUCCCCGCCAGCGUACUCACCGCCUUAUACUUCCCAUUCGCCUAUCCAGGGAGUUAACCCAAUGUCAUCCAAAAAGCGCGCGGCAGAUACGAGCAGCGGGUCGCCUGCCCUCAAGCGACGCAAGGCUUCGGCCAUCUCCAUCUCGUCAGGUCCCCCCUCCGCCCAUCCUCUCCGUCAAGCCUCGUUUCCUCCCGAUGACGCGUCACCGUUCGGCCCGCGAUCUCCUUCUGUUGAUGUCGAUGCUGUGAGUCUUGUUAGUGGCAGCCAGGUCAGCGCCGUCGCGCCGCUCAAGAAAAAACGCGGUCGAAAGUCCAAGGCCGAGAAAGCUCGAGAGCAGACACCGUCGGUUGUUGGCGCCAAUCCCCCCACAGCUAUCAGCGCCAUCAGUGACAGUGCCAGUCGGGGGGUUAAAAGCUUAGUUAACGUUGUCGGUGUUGGGGACGAGGGUGAAGCUGAUGAAGAGGGCCCGACUCAGGUUGCCGCCACGGCUGAUGCCCGGACCCAAGAGCAGAAGGAGGAGGAACAUCGUGCCAGACGCUUGCUCAUCAGCGCCUUCUCUGAUGAACAGUUCAAUCGCUAUGAAAACUGGCGUGCUGCCAACCUGAGCAAGCCCGCAGUCAGAAGACUUAUUAAUGCCACCGUGUCUCAGUCGGUUGCGGACAAUGUUGUCAUUGGCAUGCGUGCCGUCGCCAAGCUUUUCAUCGGCGACAUUAUCGAGAGCGCUCGCCGCGUUCAAGGCGAGUGGAUCAAUAAAAUGAACGAAAAGCAGAUCGAUUUACCAGCGCCGCCGCCAUUGGAUUACCCCUCUGCUGGUGACAAAGACAAAAAAGACGAGGGCGAAACCCAGAAGGAGAACAAGGCCGAUGACCGCCGUGGGCCGUUACGCCCAGAGCACCUACGCGAAGCCCUUCGACGUUACAGAAAAGGCCUGGAAGGAGGCGGCGUGGGCAUGCAGUGGAUCUGGCACCAGCAACACCAAAACGGAGUUGAUAGGUUCCCCACGAGAACAGGAGGUCGCCGAAUCUUCCGUUAA